GAUUAAUAUUAUAUAAUACUGUAUUCUGAUCCUGUAAAUUUAUAAAAACGAGGAAGAAGAAAAAAGCGAUAGACGGAUAUAUGUCUAUUAAGUGUAAUACUAUACAACCGGUUAGAGCAGUCCUGUUACGGAUACUGAUAUAUACGUAAAUUUAACCUUUUCCUCCCUUUCUCUCUUUUCCUCACGUUCAUAACGGGCAAUUGUAUCGGGCAUAUUGUUAAUAUCGCAACAUUUGCAUCGUUCUUAUCGCAUUAAUAUGAUAAUUUUCAAACGUGUGUACUAAGUAGGUUACAGAAAUGUUUUCAUACUAAAUUUCGAUUCACCUGUUGCAGAUGUGUACAUGAUGUGAGCUGAAUAUAUGAUCUUCUACCUUACACGUUUGACAAGUGAUGCUUCACCAUAACCUAACGUGUGUUGACAAUAUCUGCAAUUUCUUCUCAGUGAAGAGGAAAACAUCAUCAAGAGUAUUUUCAGUAUCGACUACACAACAAUUAAUAUAUGCCAAUUACUUGGUAAUUUUCUUCAUGAUGGUAUAUUCCUAAAAAAUGGUGCUUAUUCGUCGCAAAACUUGGUUGAAAUGGUCAUUUUGCAUACUGUAUAUAAUUGGCCUUUUAAUUAUUGCUAAACAAAUAUUUCGUGCGAAUGACGAAUCUAGGAUUUAUAAAGAACAGUUUCCAUUUCCAAGAGAUGGCAAUAAUUCUCAAAAACAGAAGGACGUAGACAUUGCGUUAGAGAGAUUACAAAUGGAAAGCUAUGAGCAACAGAUAUUAAAAUUAGAACGUGGUGUUGUACCUGGACUUGGAGAAAAUGGAGAACCUGCAUUUUUGUAUGGAAGAGAUAAAAGUCUAGGUGAAGCAGCACUUGCAAAAAAAGCAUUGAAUGUUAUUCUCUCAAAUAAGAUAUCAUUAACUAGAAAAUUACCAGAUGUACGCAAUCCACUAUGUGCAAAUCUUACAUAUGACAAAUUAUUACCAAGUGCUAGUAUAAUAAUUAUUUUUUAUAAUGAACCAUGGAGCGUUUUAUUACGUACAGUACACAGUGUCUUAAAAGGUUCUCCACCAAAUUUGUUAAAAGAAAUUAUUUUGGUGGAUGAUCAUAGCGAUGAAGAAGAACUUCAGGGACAAUUGGAUUAUUAUCUUUCAACGCGUUUACCUGCUAAAGUAAAAUUACUCAGGUUACCAUUUAGACAAGGAUUAAUACGUGCUCGUCUUCAUGGGGCUAAAAAUGCUUUAGGCGAUGUUCUUGUCUUCCUGGAUGCACAUUGCGAAGUUAUUAAAGACUGGUUACAACCUCUACUACAGCGAAUAAAGGAUAAUAAAAAUGCUGUAUUAAUGCCAAUAAUUGAUAACAUUUCUGAGGAGACAUUAGAAUACCUUCACGAUAACGAAGCAUUUUUCUUUCAAGUUGGUGGAUUUACAUGGUCGGGGCAUUUCACAUGGAUAAAUAUUCAGAAACAUGAACUCGAGUCACGUUUAUCUCCUGUAUCACCAACUAGAUCUCCUACUAUGGCGGGCGGAUUAUUUGCUAUUAAUAGAAAAUAUUUUUGGAAAAUUGGUAGUUACGAUGAUAAGAUGGAUGGUUGGGGAGGCGAAAAUUUAGAAAUUUCUUUCAGAAUUUGGCAAUGUGGUGGUUCACUAGAAAUUAUUCCUUGCUCUCGAGUUGGCCACAUAUUUCGAAACUUCCAUCCAUAUAAAUUUCCAAACGAUAAAGAUACGCAUGGAAUAAAUACUGCUCGUUUAGCAUUUGUAUGGAUGGAUGAUUAUAAAAGAUUAUUUUUACUUCAUCGUAGUGAGUUCAAGGACAAUUCAAAACUUAUUGGAGACUUAAGUGAACGUUUGAAAUUACGAAAAAGACUCAAGUGCAAAAGUUUUAAAUGGUAUCUUGAUAAUGUUUAUCCAGAAAAAUUCAUUCCUGAUGAAGAUGCAAUAGCUUACGGCCGUGUCAGAUUGCGCCAUAGACGCCUAUGUUUAGACAAUCUGCAACACGAAGAAGAUAAACCAUAUAAUUUAGGUUUAUAUAAUUGUCACAACAAAUUAUUUCCGAGUCAGUUGUUCUCAUUGAGCAAUUCUGGUGAAUUACGGAGAGAAGAUACGUGUGGGAGGGUAUUGGAUAUUGAUAAUUCAAAACCGCACGCACAAGUUCAAAUGUCUGAUUGCAACAGUGAAAAAGGUGGAAAAGAAUGGGUAUUAACAAAGGAUGGCAAAAUAAUACAUGUAGAAACAGGUCUCUGUCUCGAUGGUACUAAAGUGUAUAGGAAUGAGGACGUACAAGCAACUCGCUGCGCUGAUUUACCAGAUCAGUUUUGGAUAUUUGAUUUCUAUGUCAAUAAAAAGUUAUCUACAUAGCAUAUAUAUGUAUAGUUCAUAUAUUGUAUAGUUUAUCUAGGGUAUAUUCUGUUGCUCGUAUAAAAUAAAAAUUUUUUUACUCUCUACAAAAAA